UGGAGGGGGACGACGGGGAGGAGGCCGGAGGCAAACUGGAGGAGGAAGCCCGGGAAAGUGAGGCGGCCGGCUGGAGCGUGGAGCGCCAAGUUGUGGGGAAACUGGAGACCGGGACCUGUGCCGAGGGGCCGAACCCGGUCCCUAACUGGAGGCCCUGAAAGGAGGAGCGUUUCCAGAGUGAGGCCGUCCGUGGGGAUUGGUGGACAGAGCCCGAGGGAAGAGCUGUUGAGAUUAGAAGAGCGGCCGAGGAUCCGAAUUGGCUUGAGAGAUCCUGACAGAGUUGGGAGCGACUAGGCUGGGACGGAGCUGGGAUCAGAGGCUCGCUAGGCAGUUCCUGAGAGGGAUGGAACCAGGCCCAGGCAUUCUGCGGAAGUUUAGAACCUGGGGGUGUUUGCCUUCCUUCAGGCUUCCUGAAAGAACAGUAACGUUCCCUUGUGGUUCAUCACCAUGCCCUCCGACCUGGCCAAGAAGAAGGCAGCCAAAAAGAAGGAAGCUGCCAAAGCACGACAGCGGCCCAGAAAAGGACAUGAAGAAAACGGAGAUGCUGUCACAGAGCCACAGGUGGCAGAGGAGAGAAAUGAGGAGGCCAAUGGCCAAGAGACCACAGAAGUGGAUUUGCUGACCAAGGAGCUAGAGGACUUUGAGAUGAAGAAAGCUGCUGCUCGAGCUGUCACUGGCGUCCUCGCCUCUCACCCCAACAGUACUGAUGCCCACAUCAUCAACCUCUCCCUCACCUUUCAUGGUCAAGAGCUGCUCAGUGACACCAAACUGGAAUUAAACUCAGGCCGUCGUUAUGGUCUCAUUGGCUUAAAUGGAAUUGGGAAGUCCAUGCUGCUGUCUGCUAUUGGGAAACGUGAAGUGCCCAUCCCUGAGCACAUCGACAUCUACCAUCUGACUCGGGAGAUGCCCCCUAGUGACAAGACGCCCCUGCAGUGCGUGAUGGAAGUCGACACGGAGCGGGCCAUGCUGGAGAGGGAGGCUGAACGGCUGGCUCACGAGGACGCGGAGUGUGAGAAGCUCUUAGAGCUCUAUGAGCGACUGGAGGAGCUGGACGCUGACAAGGCGGAGAUGAGAGCCUCACGGAUCUUGCACGGACUGGGCUUCACACCUGCCAUGCAACGCAAGAAGCUGAAAGACUUCAGUGGGGGCUGGAGGAUGAGGGUUGCCCUCGCCAGAGCCCUCUUCAUUCGGCCCUUCAUGCUGCUCCUGGAUGAGCCCACCAACCACCUGGACCUCGACGCUUGUGUGUGGUUGGAAGAAGAGCUAAAGACGUUUAAGCGCAUCUUGGUCCUCGUCUCCCAUUCCCAGGACUUUCUGAAUGGUGUCUGUACCAACAUCAUUCACAUGCACAACAAGAAACUGAAGUAUUAUACGGGUAAUUAUGAUCAGUAUGUGAAGACACGGCUGGAGCUGGAAGAGAAUCAGAUGAAGAGGUUUCACUGGGAACAGGAUCAGAUUGCACACAUGAAGAACUACAUCGCUAGGUUUGGUCAUGGCAGUGCCAAGCUGGCCCGGCAGGCCCAGAGCAAGGAGAAGACGCUACAGAAAAUGAUGGCAUCAGGACUGACAGAGAGGGUUGUGAGUGACAAGACACUGUCAUUUUAUUUCCCACCAUGUGGCAAGAUCCCUCCACCCGUUAUUAUGGUGCAAAAUGUCAGCUUCAAGUAUACAAAAGAUGGGCCUUGCAUCUACAACAAUCUAGAGUUUGGUAUCGAUCUCGACACACGAGUGGCGCUGGUGGGGCCCAACGGAGCGGGGAAGUCCACGCUUCUGAAGCUGCUGACCGGAGAGCUACUACCCACAGACGGAAUGAUCCGAAAACACUCUCAUGUCAAGAUAGGGCGUUACCAUCAGCAUUUACAAGAGCAGCUGGACUUAGACCUCUCGCCUUUGGAGUACAUGAUGAAAUGCUACCCAGAGAUCAAGGAGAAGGAAGAAAUGAGGAAGAUCAUUGGGCGAUAUGGUCUCACUGGGAAACAGCAGGUGAGCCCGAUCCGGAACCUGUCUGAUGGGCAGAAGUGCCGAGUGUGUCUGGCCUGGCUGGCCUGGCAGAACCCUCACAUGCUCUUCUUGGACGAGCCCACCAACCACCUGGAUAUCGAGACCAUCGACGCCCUGGCGGACGCCGUCAAUGACUUCGAGGGUGGUAUGAUGCUGGUCAGCCAUGAUUUCAGACUCAUUCAGCAGGUUGCACAAGAAAUCUGGGUCUGUGAGAAGCAGACAAUCACCAAGUGGCCUGGAGACAUCCUGGCCUACAAGGAGCACCUCAAGUCCAAGCUAGUGGGCGAGGAGCCCCAGCUCACCAGGAGGACCCACAACGUGUGAGCCCUUGCCGGCCGGCCGGCUGGGCCAGGCCCCUGGGGCCGCACUCCUGCAUUGCUGCAAUACUGCUCCCCAGCCCCUCCCCCCACCUGCCUUAGCUGCACUCUGUGAUCUCAUCUACAGCUGGACAGUACCUGUCCGUCUCCUGUCCUUCCGGUUACUUUUGUCCACGUCUGGACUCGGCUGGCUGUUCCUGCCGGCUCCUUGCUGGUUCUGACCCGAUAGUGAUGCAGCCAGAGGCAUCUGAGGGUUAACCCAAGGGCCCGUGCCCUGGUUUGGCCUGUGAAGGAGCUUAGGAUCCUCGUUUUCUGGGUUUUGGUGAUGUUGGAGGAAUACCUCCCAGCCCACCACCCCCAUUCCUUUCUGCUUCUGGUUUGGAGCUCUGGACCAGGGCCUUAAUCCUGGUCGGUUUUUAAAUAAUUAUUUAAUGGUGUAACUUUUAGACCUGUGUGACAUCUACAAAGCGUCCAAUAAAGAGAGAAGCAGC